CAAUUAUUAUUCACUAAUUUAUUUAUUACUUACUUCAUAUAAAUAUAUAUACAAACAUGUAUAUGUCAGUUUGAAGCCAUAUUCUCUGCCGCCCUUUUCUUUCUACCAAACACCAAUGGCUGCCGACGCCGGAGAAAACACCACCGCCGCCACCACCGCUAUUCCGGCCAACCACAAAGCAUCUGAUCCUACCGUUGUUGCCGGCGAUGGAACUCCACCUGCAAAUACUAAAACACACACCUCUCCAAAUUCUAUCGACCAGAAAGCAAGGGACACUCCAACCCCAACCGAAAUGGGAGCACACAACAACGGCGAUUACAUAGGAAUCAGCAUAACACCUUCCCCUCCAUCAAAUCAUCACAGCCACCGAAAAGUAUCAAUGCUACCCCUCAUUUUCUUGAUCUUCUACGAGGUUUCAGGAGGCCCCUUCGGCAUCGAAGACAGCGUCGGCGCCGCCGGCCCCCUUCUCGCUCUCGCCGGCUUCCUACUCUUCCCAAUAAUCUGGAGCAUCCCAGAAGCCCUAAUCACCGCCGAGAUGGGCACAAUGUUCCCCGAAAACGGCGGCUAUGUCGUCUGGGUGUCCUCCGCUCUAGGCCCCUUUUGGGGCUUCCAGCAAGGCUGGAUGAAGUGGCUCAGUGGCGUAAUCGACAAUGCCCUUUACCCUCUUUUAUUUCUUGAUUAUCUCAAAUCAGGAAUCCCUGCGUUGGGCGGCGGUUUGCCUAGGGUUAUGGCCGUCGUUGCCUUGACCAUUUUCCUUACUUACAUCAACUACAGAGGCUUGACGAUUGUGGGAUGGGUUGCUGUGGUUCUUGGUGUUUUCUCUGUUCUUCCAUUUGUGGUGAUGGGCUUGAUUUCAAUCCCUAAAUGGGAGCCCAAGAGAUGGCUGGUUGCUGAUAUCCACAAUGUUGAUUGGAAUUUGUAUCUGAAUACUCUGUUUUGGAAUCUCAACUAUUGGGAUUCGAUAAGUACUCUUGCUGGCGAAGUCGAGAGCCCGAAAAGGAACCUUCCGAGGGCUCUGUUUUUCGCUCUGCUUCUCGUUGUUAUCGGGUAUUUCUUUCCCUUGCUAACGAGCACGGGAGCGAUCCCCUUGCAACGGGAGCUGUGGACCGAUGGGUAUUUUUCGGAUGUGGCUAAGAUCAUCGGUGGCGCGUGGCUGAGCUGGUGGAUACAGGGGGCUGCAGCGGUGUCGAACAUGGGGAUGUUCGUGGCGGAGAUGAGUGGGGACUCGUUCCAGCUGCUGGGGAUGGCGGAGAGGGGGAUGCUCCCGGAGGUUUUUGCUAGGAGGUCGCGGUAUGGGACUCCCGUGGUGGGGAUACUGUUCUCUGCUUCUGGGGUGGUUUUGCUGUCGUGGCUGAGCUUUCAGGAGAUUGUGGCGGCGGAGAACUUCUUGUAUUGCUUUGGGAUGAUACUGGAGUUUAUAGCGUUUGUGAGGCUGAGGGUGGUGGCGCCGGGUGUGGCACGGCCUUAUAGGAUCCCGGUGGGGACGUGGGGGGCUGCGGCCAUGUGUGUGCCUCCGACUGCGUUGAUAUGUGUGGUGCUGGGAUUGUCGUCGCUCAAGGUGAUGGGCGUGAGCCUUGUCGCGGUUGCGUUGGGGCUGGUGUUGCAGCCGUGUAUCAAGCAUUGUGAGAAGAAGAAAUGGCUUAGAUUUUCUACGAGUUCUAGUCUUCCGGAUAUUCAUCGUGAGAAUGAGACGUUGAUCCACUGAGGAUUCAUGAUUCCUAUUUCCUAGUUUAGGUGAAACGUCACGAGGAAUUUUGUACAUGAAACAUAAUGGAGAUUCUAAUGAGAAUAUAUGUAUUUGUAAGCUGAAA